UCGUCAGUCAAUCGAGAUUCCUUCGAGUGGUUGGCCAAUCGUAUUUCGUAAUUAACUCGCUGCAUAGUCGAAUAAUGUGAUUUGUAAUGGCAUCCGUGUGUAUAUAUCCUGUUUCGCAUCCUAGAGAGAUUCCUACUUUGUAGACUCUCCAAACACGAUCGAAUACCAAUUAUCGAACGAGCACUUCGUGAAGCUUGGCUGGACUGUGUUGCCUAUUAGGAAAUUUAUGAGGAAAAUAUAUCUCUAUGAAAGCAAGAUGGCGAAACCUCAUUUGGAUUGCCUGACCUGGAUUAAAUUGAAAUGAAUGGAUCUACAUGAGCGAGGAAUGGAGAUCUCAUUAAAUAAAAACUAGCCAUUAGAAAAAAAAUAAAAAGACAAGAAACACGAAAGAAGAAAAAACGUGAAACAAAAUAAUGAGUUCAAGAAAUACCGAUACGAAGAUAGAAGAUAUUACGAAGAUGGCGUCACGCCCUUCUUGAGCUUCCAUCCCGACGAAACGGGCAAGGUUUUCUACCCGAAUGGUCGGACAGCCGUAAAAAUUCACAAGCCGGAAAAUCGAGAAUGUAAUUGAUCGUCGACUUCCGAUGACAUGUAUACUGUAUUCACGCCAGGAGGCAAGGACAUUGUGGGUAUCACGAGGAAGCCGCAAAUAAUUGCCGUUUUCGACAGUCUCUGCAACGGUGUUAUCCUUGACGAAAAUGGCAUCACGAGACUUUCUUAUAAUCAGAUCGGGGGUAUUUGGAGGGAUAAUCCUGGCGGAUUGCCCUUUCUAUGGACCUGGAGUAGCAAUGUCGAGGAACCGAUCAUUGAAAACGUAUAUUCGAUAAAAUCGAUGAGUGAAUUGGAAAGAUUAUUUCCAUCCUUGAAAAAAGAUCUGGAAAGCAUUAGUAAAAAAAACACGCAAACUUCGUUGCCCUCUCCGAUGACCUCGGAUAUGAGAGAAAAAGCGGAAAUCGCAAGAGAUGAGCAGAAACCCGUCGUUGUUAAUGCUGUUGUCGAGGAACGCGAGAAGUAUCUCGAAUCCGAAUUCUUCAACGACAAGAGAGAAGUUCACUCAAUGAAAGAAGAGGACAACAAGACCAUCAAAAUAAUCUGUAUGAAAUUAAACAAGUAUUUGAGUUUUCGAAUUCUCAAUCGUAGGAACAUCAAUUUGAAAUUUUUCGCCGGCACUAAAAGCAUAAGGAUAGAACUAGGAACGAUAUUAGAUUAUAACAAGAAAUUGAAAUCCUAUCACGAGGAUGCUAUAGAUUGGAAAAAAGUUGUACAGAGAUGUAGGUUUCAAGAUUCUUGGGAAAAAAGUGUAAGAACCGAUAGUCUCCACAAUUUGUCACGAGAAAUGGAAUAUGUUAAAAGAUGCGCCAGACAACGUAAGAUUAUGUUAGAAAAAUACAAGCCCUGAUUCAGAAGUACGUAAAAAUAAUUUUUC